GGCAGCGAGGCAGAGAGAGAGACGACGUGCACCAAAGAGGAGUACCCGGCUUGACGUUCCGUGCAGUGCGUGUGCUGUCGUUCAGAGUACUACUAACUCGUCGGUGGUUGCUGAUAUACGAUUCCAAGAGAGAAAGAAGAGAUUUUAGUUGUUCUCUCUCUUUCCCCUCUUUAAGAAUUGCUCUUUAAACUUACGUGCGUUGCGCUAUACUUUGAUCUUUUUUUUACAUAUACACAUAUAUACGUAGAUACCAAUAUAUAUAUUAGUAUAUAUCGGUUCGUGAGAGAAGUAGUAGACGCAUAUACAAAAAAAAAAAACCAAAAUAAAACAAGAAACCUUUCGUUAAUACGAAAGAGAGAAAAAGAAAGUUAUUCAUUUCGAAAUGACUAUGGCUACUGAGACAGAGAAUAACGGGCCCGAAAGUAAGGAGAUAAAGGACGUUAAAGAUAUGAAAGAGGCAUUGAAGGACGAGACGCCACCGGACAACAAGCAAGAAGAAAAGGACGCCGCAGCUAAGAAAGAGGAGUCAGGGAAAAAGGAGGAGAAUGCCGGUGACGCCGCUGGUGGUGGUGCCGGUGGUGGAAACGCCGCGUCCGCGGCAUCCUCGGCACCGGCCAAACCCGUCACCGUUCACAAAACCAACUAUGAGAAGGAUGUUGUUUAUCUCUAUCAAUUCUUCCGUACUGCGCUUUUACCUUCGAUUUCUCCCUAUUGUCUCAAGGUCGAGACGUGGCUAAGACUCAAUGGCAUCAAGUACGAGAAUGUGGAUCACAAGAUGAAGUUCCGUUCGAAGAAAGGCCAAUUACCAUUUGUCGAAUUAAAUGGCGAAGAGAUUGCUGACAGUACGAUAAUCCUUCGUGAACUUAGUUCUAAGUUUGAUAAGGAUUUGGAUGCAGCAUUGACAUCAGAACAACGGAGUGUUUCUCAUGCAAUGAUAUCUAUGAUUGAAAAUCAUUUGGUUUGGGCUGUUGCUUGCUGGCGUACUAAGAACAUGGAUUUGGUAUUGAAGGGAUACAAGGUCAAUUUGCAACAUGCCCUUGGUACACGCAUUCCUGCUGGAAUACUUAAUUUCUUCUUUAAAUUUACGUUCGGUCGCAAGUGGGAUUUAUUACAGGGUGCGAGGAAAGUCAAGGCUCAGGGUAUGGGCGUGCACACACCUGAAGAGGUAUCCCAAUUUGGUUGUGCUGAUUUAAAGGUUUUAUCUGACAUGUUGGCUGACAAGCCCUUCUUCUUUGGCGACGAACCGACUACGUUGGACGUUGUAGCAUUCGCCCACCUAGCUCAAAUUCUUUACAUCGACAAAGAAACGUCCUACAACUUAAGGGAUUACAUGCAAGAAAAUUGUCCUAAUUUGGUCGGCCAUUGCUCACGCAUGAAAGAACGAUGCUUCCCCGAUUGGGACGAGAUUUGUUCAACCUUGGACAUUAACACGCACUUACCCAAACCUGAGAAAGAAGAGGACGGUGGUAAGGAGGGCAAGGAAGAAGCUAAAGAAUCCAAGGAAUCGAAGGAGGAGAAGGAAGGUGACAAGGAAAAAGCUGACAAAGAAGAAAAAGAAAUGGAAAAGGACAAGGAGGUCGAUGAGAACAAAGAAAAAGAAAAGGAUGGGAAAUAAGCUGUAGUGUGGGGGUGUUGAACGGGUGGUGGUGAUGAUUGAUUGGGUUGGUGGGUUGAUGGUGGUUGAUUUGAGCUGAUGGAAAUUAAAAAAUCGUUCGUACGUUCUAAAAGGAUUUCUCAAAAAAAGAAAAAAAAAGAAAAAGAAAAAAAAAACGAAGGAAUAAUAAUUAAAGGGUGUGUUGUUGUUUCUUCAUGGAUGAACAAGGGAGAGUCUGAGAAGAGAUGGGGAGGGAGGAGAGGGGAGUGAUGAUUAGUCUCUUGUAUGUUUGAGAAGAGUAUGAAUGUGUCUCUUGAAAGUAUUUGUGUAUGUUGUAUGCAUGGGAAGUGCAUGUACGCAUGUAUGUAUGUAUGUAUGUGUGUGUGUGUGUGUGUGUGUGUGCAUGAAUGGAAUGAUAGGAAUGCGUAAGCGUGUCCUUGAAGGAACUGACGAUGACGAUGACGAUGAUAAUGGUUGACAAUGAUUAUAAUUACAAUGCUGACAAGAGAUUACUAUGAAACAAAGAGAAAGAGAGAAUGAAGGUAGACAAGUGUUAGAUUGAGGUAAGGGCGUCGUAGGGCGUGGAAGAAGAAAGAGUGACAGAGAGAGAGAGAGAGA